UCGGGCAGCCCACGCUCGUGCCAGUGGUGACAGCCCCUCCAUUCCCUCAUCCUGCCCAGGAUAAGCCCCGUUGCUUCCGAGAGUUAAGGACCAGCAGGAGGAAAUGCGUAAGCAGGGUCACUGAUGCUGCAGUUCCCACACAGCUCUGGCACUGCGGUGGGGCACUGGACCCUGCGCUGGGAUGGGGACCCUCGGGAACAGGCGGCUGCCACACAGGCUCCUGCUCUGCUGUGCCUUCUGGGGACUCUGCCUGGCCUUGGACUACGACGAUUACUCUCAGAACAGCACCAAUGAACAGGCCACCACCCCAGAGGUCACCCCGUGUCCCCGAGCCAUCCCGGGGCACCAGGCCACGGUGAACAAUGUCACCUACCUGCUGAUCCCCGAGGCCACGCGAGCCCAGCUGGGCAGCGCCGUCACCGUCCGGCUCAUCCCCUGCCUCUACAGCCUGGUGCUCCUGCUGGGGCUGCCGGCCAACGGGCUGGCCCUGUGGGUGCUGGCCACCAGGGCCGAGCGCCUCACCUCCACCGUGUUCCUGAUGAACCUGGCGGCCGCCGACCUGCUGCUCAUCUCCGUGCUGCCCUUCAAGAUCUCCUACUAUUUCCUGGGCAACCACUGGCCCUUCGGGGAAGGGCUGUGCCGCCUCACCACGGCUUUCUUCUACGGGAACAUGUACUGCUCCGUGCUGCUGCUCACCUGCAUCAGCGUCGACCGCUACCUGGCCGUGGCUCACCCCUUCUCGUCCCGCGCUUUCCGCACUCCCACCUUGGCUGCCGGCACCUGCGCUGCCGUCUGGCUCUGUGCUGCUGCCCUCACGCUGCCCCUGACCCUGCAGCGGCAGUCGUACCCCCUGCUCGGGGCAGGCCUCACGCUGUGCCACGAUGUCCUGCCCCGGCACGAGGACGAUGGGUUCUACUUCUACUACUUCGUGGUGCUGAUCGCCUGCGCCUUCCUGCUGCCGCUGCUGCUGCUGGUGCUGAGCUCGGGCGCGGUGCUGCGCGUCCUCCUGCGCGGGGGCAGCCGCUACUCCCACGCCGUGAAGCUCACGGCCCUCGUGGUGCUCACCCUCGUGGUUUUCUACACCCCCAGCAACGUCCUGCUGCUGGUUCACUACUCCAGCCCCUGCUCCAGGCUGCACGGCCGCCUGUACCUCAGCUACAUGGUGAGCCUGGCCCUCAGCACCUGCAACAGCUGCGCCGACCCCUUCGUCUACUAUUACGUGUCUGAGGAUUUCCGCGAGAAGGUGAGGAGGAGAGUCUUCAGGAGCAGCAAAAAAACCACCACUUCCCUAAAGACCUCCAAGGAAACGCUGCCUCGUUCCAAACAUUCGCUGGCGUGAGCCUCCAGCCCGGCUCGCUGCUCCCAGGGCACUCGUAACACACAGUGGGGAUAAGAUGAAGGCGAGACUGGAAUUCCACAAGUUUCACCCAGAGCAGCAUUUCCCAGGAGCUGAGUGCUUUUCCCUGUCUGCACAGGGAUAAGGCUGAAUAAACCCAAGCUGUGGGAUUCUUUGCCCAGACAAGAUGCUGAGUGCUGGACACAUCCAUCCUUUGCUGGGACACUGCCUGCAGCUUCUCAGCUGGCCACACACCACCAGGGAUGCUCCUACCCAUACAUCUGGGUCUGGUGUUCCUAAUCUGACUACUCUCUGCCUGCUAGUCCUGCUCCUGACUUGCUCACUGUCCUUAAGUGCGUACUCCCUUCCCCUAAAACUGAAAAAAAAAUAGACAUUGCAACCCCAAAUCUCUAAAUGUUUCAAAAGAUACUCUCCUGAACUAAACCAGUCUGUCAAGAGAGUGCAGAGCACUGGCUUGUGUAGCAGAAACAUUCUUGGCUUGAUUUGCAUGCAACCCCCCAGUAAUGUCAGUCCAUUGUUGGUAAAAGGUGCAAAAAUCCCAUUCACUCAUCCUUGUAUUUGCAAAUCCCCCUUGGCAUCCGUAAUUUCUUUGAGGCAAAGGUUGUAUUAAUGGAUUUUGUAAAAAAAUGAUGUCUCAUGAAGGAAAAUAGUAAAGUAGGAAUGGAGCAAACCCUCUGGUACUCCACACUUCCUUCGUGUAAUGUCACCCACAACCAAAAGCUGUCUCUGAUCAAACAGGUGCUCAGGUUUGCUGCAAAUCUGACAAAAUGCAGCCAGCUCCUCUCUCAGACACAACUGGGGCACGGCCCUGUGAGCAGCCAGGUAGAAAAUGAGCAAUAAACCUCUUUAGAGCUCCUUAAUUCUUUAGUUUUCCCAGCAUAGGCUUGACAGCCUAAAGCGUGAAUAAGAGGCAGAGAGGAUUGUCUU